GUGACAGAGGUAGGUCAUUGCGAGCGAGAGUCAGGGGUUUAUUUAACACGUAGCUCUGUCCUCCCCCACUUUCCCAACGCGCAACCAAGACUAGUGCAUCUGCGGGACUCCCUCUUGACUGACUACGUGGAGAUCUCCGGGACACUGCUCCCAUUAUGCGAUAAAUAAUCAUAACAACAACAAUGCAAAUGUAAAAGAGAUUACUUAUCUCUACAAAUUGGAGGAAAUACUGAAAUAUUUUUGUGAAACAUUUCACGGACUAUUUACUUCCAUUAAAUUUCAUAUGCAUUCUUGAGUGAAAACAUUGGAAAAACAAGCUUUCCCUUUCCUGCGUCAUUUGGAGUAGCUUAAAGAAAAUGGAAAUGGAAAGGAUUCCAAGUGCGCAACCCACCACCAAGCACCAGCAGGCUGAGCUGUCUGACAUGCAAGGGAUGGAUUUCCCUAUGUAUGUAUACAAAUCCCGUCGGGGAAUGAAACGAGGAGAUGACAGCAAGGAAACCUACAAACUGCCUCAUCGACUUAUCGAGAAGAAAAGGCGUGACAGGAUAAACGAGUGCAUCGCUCAGUUGAAAGAUUUAUUGCCCGAGCACCUGAAACUUACAACUCUUGGCCAUCUGGAGAAGGCUGUGGUUUUGGAGCUCACGCUCAAGCAUGUGAAAGCUCUAACCACUCUACUGGAAAACCAGCAGCAGAAAAUCCUCAGUCUGCAGAAUGGCAUGCAAAUCGAGCAGUCCUCUUCCAGCCAGGAGAACAGUGAGGAGGUCUUCCGCUCAGGCUUCCAUGUCUGUGCCAAGGAGGUGCUGCAGUACCUGGUCAACCAGGAGGGUCACGGUGACCUUACAUCCUCCCACAUGGUCAACCACAUGCACAAGGUGUCCGCUGAGGUCCUCCAGGGUCCUCCCCGUAGCCCCUGCAAACCCCGGCCUGAAGAGACCACCAGCCACUACCAACAUCAUCAGGCCCACAGGGAGAAGCCUGCAGGCCAGCCCCCCAAGCCCAGUGAAGGCCAUGGGAAGAACUGCGUUCCCGUCAUCCAGCGGAGGUAUGCCCAUGCGGGAGGCGAGCAGAGCGGCAGUGAUACAGACACAGACAGCGGCUACGGUGGCGAGCAGGUUGAGCAUCUGGCAUCGCAUGCAGGGUACUACGGCCAGGAGAAACAGCUGAAGAGGGCGCUGGGCGAAAAGAGGGCGUCAUUUUGCAUUAAGCAGGAAGAUGAGCCGUGCCACAAACGCAGCCGGGUCGAGUCAUCCGAGGACGAGUCUCUCUCGGGCGGAGAGUCAUCCUCAUCGUCCUCCAGCGGCCACGGCAGCUACAUGAGCGCCUACUCCCCUCACCAGGCCCAACCUCAUCCCCUCUGCAUGCCCUUCUACCUCAUCCCCCCCUCUGCCGCAGCCUAUCUGCCCAUGCUGGAGAAGUGCUGGUACUCAGGGGCCAUGCCCAUGAUUUACCCUGGCCUGGGGGGCUCCGUGCAGGGUAUGCCUAGUGACAGGCAUGCCCCCUCUCCCUCGAUCAUGAUGUCCCCCAGGGGGCGCUCUCCCUCUCCCCCCACCGUAGCCCAAAGCCCCAUGGACUCCCCAGCCUUCCUCCAAGUGUUAAAGCAGGUACUUCCCAUGAACCUGGAAACCAAAGACUGAGAGACCACUGAACACUUACACAGAAAAGUGUUAUUGAACAUAGACUGCUAUGCUGAAAGGGUACAUGGAGGAGAACAUGACCGGACAGUCAGAUCACCCACCACCACCCCUCUCCCCUCAUCCCUCAUCCCAGAAGUCAGAAGACAGAAGGGAGACAGACAGAGCGCAUGCAGAAGGUCUGGUCCCAGACCGGUGAAGCAUAAUCCACAGCUGCGAACAGAAAAAGAGAAUAAAAGAAAGAGGGAAUGUGUGGAUGGAAGACAGCUCAACCUGUUACCUAACCCUCUCUGAAUGUUUGACUUUAUACCCCCACCAGAGUGCUGAGUGCAACAUUGACCCCACGGAUCUGGAUACACACACACACACACACACACACACACACACACACACACACACACACACACACACACACACAAACACGGUUGAAUGUAUAAAUGUAAAAAAGUGGCAAUCCCGUAGAUGCUGCUGCCGUUGAGGUUUCUACAUGCUGUGGACACUGACAGGGCUCAGUUGUACACACACCGUCCUUGUAAACCAUGUCACACCAAAUGUCAAUAGUUACCAUUCACCCAAAGUUUGCUGUCUAUUUACCUUAGGUCACCAUUGCCAUCACUGACAAUGUGCUUUGCCCCAUUCCCUAUGACAACAACAAACAUCCUGAGUGAAAUAAUUUCCCUACUGUAUGGAGUUAGUGAGGUCAUCAUGUGACCAUGUCAAGUUGGGAAUUCACUGACAGUUUAGAGGGACUCUGUAAUUAUUGUUUAUACUUCUUGUACAUCUCUAUUUUUGAUACGUGUCCUAACGCUCGAACCAGAGAGAAAGGUUGGACAGUCGUUUUACCGCAUAAUAACUCAGAAAUCAUGUACAUACUGUAGCCCUAUGCUGACCCUGAUCUGCAAUCUGUUUCUGCUCAAGUCAAACCUGGAGUUUGUUCAUGCUGUUGCCUUUUACUUGUGAAACACUGAUAAAAGAAAACAUCAGAUGUUUAUGAAAUGUAUUUGGGAGUUGGCGAGAAGUGAAUGUAUAUGUUUUAACAGAAGAUGAGUUUUCUAUAGAAAGAGGUACUUUGAUAUUUUGGGACCUACCAGAAAGAUGUUUGAUGUACAUAUUUUGUCUAUAAAUGUUGACAUACAUUAUAUAAGCGUAUUAAUAAAGUAUUUUAUCGGC